AUUAUGUUUGUGAAGGCAGAUUUUAAAGCUCUCUUUUAAAUAAAGGUUAUUUCAAUAAUUAGAGAGGUUGAAUAAUUAGAAAUGGAAACUUUUUUUUCCACAGGUUCUGUCUUCUAUCAAAAGGUGCUUUUCAUCGGGUAUGCUGGACCCCAGUAUUUCUAAUCACACCCUUUAUCUCCACUCUCUGUUACCCCAGGGACUGAGAAAGGGAACAAGGUGGCAGAGGAAUCAGACCUCUCUGGCAGACUUCAUCCUUGAGGGGCUCUUUGAUGACUCCCUUACCCACCUUUUCCUUUUCUCCUUGACCAUGGUGGUCUUCCUUAUUGCCGUGAGUGGCAACACCCUCACCAUUCUCCUCAUCUGCAUUGAUCCCCAGCUUCACACACCAAUGUAUUUCCUGCUCAGCCAGCUCUCCCUCGUGGAUCUGAUUCAUGUCUCCACAACCAUCCCUAAGGUGGCUACCAACUACCUAUCUGGCAAGAAGUCUAUCUCCUUUGUGGGCUGUGCAACCCAGCACUUCCUCUAUUUGUCUCUGGGUGGUGCUGAGUGUUUUCUCUUAGUUGUCAUGUCCUAUGACCGCCAUGUUGCCAUCCGUCAUCCACUGCGCUAUGCUGUGCUCAUGAGCAAGAAGGUGGGACUGAUGAUGGUUGUCACGUCAUGGUUGGGGGCAUCCGUGAACUCCCUAAUUCACACAGCAAUCUUGAUGCACUUCCCUUUCUGUGGGCCUUGGGAAGUCUACCACUUCUACUGUGAGUUCCCAGCUGUUGUGAAGCUGGUGUGUGGCGACAUCACUGUGUAUGAGACCACAGUGUACAUCAGCAGCAUCCUCCUUCUUCUCCUCCCCAUCUUGCUGAUUUCUACAUCCUAUGUCUUCAUCCUUCAAAGUGUCAUUCAGAUGCGUUCAUCUGGGAGCAAGAGAAAUGCCUUUGCCACUUGUAGCUCCCACCUCACGGUGGUUUCUCUUUGGUUUGGUGCCUGCAUCUUCUCCUACAUGAGACCCAGGUCCCAGCGCACUCCAUUGCAGGACACAGUUGGUUCUGUGUUCUACAGCAUCGUUACCCCCACAUUGAAUCCUCUGAUUUAUACUCUCCGGAAUAAAGAUGUAGCUAAGGCUCUGAGAAGAGUGCUGAGGAGAGACGUUAUCACCCAAUGCAUUCAACGACUGCAAUUAUGGUUGCCCCGAGUGUAGAGUGGAAUAGGAUAAGCUCCUUAAAUUAAUUCAUGUAAACCUGUGAGGUUUUUCAGGGAGCUAGCUCCCUUAUGCUGUUUUACUACUGGAAGAAAAACACGUUUAACACACAAUUCCAAUAUUCCACUUCGGUGUCAGGUAUCCAAGCACUGUGGAGAACAUUUCAGUGGGUCUUUAGAGAAUUAGGGAAAACUUUUAAAAAAGUCCUUUUGAAAGAAGACAUAUAAAGGUCAGUGACACCCUGAAAAAAAGAAGGCAAGAUAAAGAUAUAAGGGCCCUUAUCUAUUAUUAUUUUUAUUGACAACAAAUAUAUAAAACAUGCCACCAGAGAAUAUUUAUGGAGCAUAAAAUGGGGGUGUGUUGCUUACUUUUGGAAACAUGGGAAGUAAAUGGUGAAUCAUGGCUGUUUGAAAGGGAGGAUGCAUGAUAUAAAAGUUAUAUUCUUUUUUUUUUUUUUUUU